CAUCUGCUGCUUCCACACCUCUCUGCGACCUCUAUCCCACUGCUAGCAUCAUGGACAGACGCACAUCCACCGUGCCAAUGGACUUCGAAUGGGAGAACAAAAUCGGCGACACUGACCCAAACUCCCCGUUCAUGAGGCUUCCUCGAAACAGCGCCCUGAACAAUACCGCCAGAAAGCGCAAUCAUAACAGUGUCCUCGAGUCGCCCACGCGGAUCGACCAGCCCAACGCCAACUUCCCGCGCCUCCGCGAGGCCGCGAACCAGCCCUUCUUCUUCAAUAACCCGCCCAGCCCACAAAAGCCGUUGCCAGCAACUCCAAGCCUUGCUCACGUUCAGAAUUCGUCGGCGUGGGAUCUCCGUACACCGACCAAGGAUACGGAUUUCUCCUCCGGUGGUGAGACGCCGAAUACACCAGACAUCGGUGCGGAUAGCGAGGCGACGCCGGAGACGAACGCGCGACCUGGCAAGCCGCAUAGGAUGCUGAGUAGCCCUGGCAAAGGAGGGAAGGUUAGCCCGAGCAAGAUUAGUCGACGGGAGAGCUUCCUCAAGUUUUUCAAUUUCAACUCCAGCCCGCAGCCAAGCUCUCAGAGUGGGAAGGGUGAUCACUACUCACGCAAUGGGGAGAGGCGGAUAGUGAAGAAGCGGCAUCAGAGGGGCAUCAACCGUGAGGCUGUACGACAGAACCUAGAAUCAGAGUCUGAAGACGACGGCGGGCGCUCACGGAGACGGCGAGAGCGAGAGCGAGGCAGCAAGAAGGACAAACGAGAUCGGGACCGCGAUCAGGACGACUACGACGAACCCAACAAUACCAACAACCGCCCCGAAGUCCCAGUCACCCCAGCAGUCCCCCAAGGCAGCACAAUCGCCAGCGUCUUCUCCUUCAUAGAGAACCACCCCGGCCUCCCCCACAUCCUCUCCUUCUACGCCCAAUUCCUGCUCAAUCUCUUCCUCGUCUUCUCCGCCAUGUACAUUAUGUGGUCCGGCUGGAGCGCUGUCACGCACGAAGUAGAGAUCCAAUCCCAGCGCGCCCAAACCGAAGUCAUGAUCGAGAUCGCAAAAUGCGCCAAAGACUGGGAAGACAACGGGUGCGGUCGCACACGACCCCCACCAUCUCUGAAAGAUGUGUGCGCGAAUUGGGAGGCGUGCAUGAAGCGGGAUGCGAGGAAGGUCGCGCGCGCGAGUGUGAGCGCGAAGACGUUUGCGAUGAUUUUCAAUAGCUUUGUCGAGGAGAUUGGGUAUAAAGCUAUGCUCUUCACAGCCCUCCUCCUAAUCACUGCAGUCGUCAUCUCCAACUACGCCUUCUCCACCUACCGCUCCACCCACGCGCCUCGCCCCCCUCCGCAGUACGAUCCGUAUAUGCACCCGCCCGCUACUCCGCAGCGCUACCCUAGCCAGGGCUUCAUCGACCAGCAAGGGUUCUUCACGCCAUACACGGGUUUCCAUCCCAGCCAGCCUAACCUAGCGCUCGAGCCGGCGCCGAGUGGAGGCGUAGAUGCGGCCGCUGCAGGGACCGAGCAGAAGAAGGCGACGGCGGCACGGACGAUCAAUUGGGGUGUUAGAUAAAGUCGGGAAGAAAAUGGGGUCCUACAUGGGGAAUGUGAUUUCUGGAAAUGGCGUCUUUUGAUUAAUUUCUUGACGAUACAGCGAGCGGAGAGCAUUGGCACCCAGUAGGGGAUGUUUUGUAUGCAUGGGUAGGGUAGGGUUGGGUUGGGUAAUAUUACGUAGGCAUAGGAAACGGGUUUGCGCUCGCGUUAAUUCAUAGUCGAUGAGUAACGGAUUGCAUUUAUUUCUGUCGGUCUAUCUCUCUCGCUGCCGUUAUGCUUUGAAAAGUUCUGCGCGGUUAGAUUCGCGAGUCUUUGUAAUUGUAUUGACUAAGAAGGGGGCCAUACGGCGUGCUAUGCCUCCUACCCUCCUUAGUUAAGACAACUACAAAGCUUCACAGAUCUAUCCGCGCGAGACGGGUUUUAGAAGACGCGGAGGGGAGGCGGAGGGCGACGCGAUGUGAUUACUUUUCAUUGC